AUGAUCAGGAUGAACAAGCUGACAGUACGAUUGCUAAGGGCAACAGCAUUGGUCAACCUCGUCAGCAAGUUACAUAGCGAAACAAAAAGUGCGAUUUCUGGGUCCCACAUAAAGAACGCACUGGAACAUGUCUCCGUCGCGAAAUCGCCACAUAUCCAUCCAUCAGCUUUGCAACCUCCUUCAGCACUACCAUCAACGGCGAAAUUUGAAGGUCUGUCAGGUUUCCGACCUACAUUUGCGAGGCACAAUGAUGUCAAAUAUUAUCCAAACAUUAUCUGCGUAAUCUGCAAGGAAUGGGUAUGCUCGCGUGCUCGGCGACUUCACGUCGGAGCUCACUUUGACUAUCGUAAGUAUAAAUGCCCGUACUGCAAGUUCACCCAUAGCAAGGAGAUAUUUGUUGAUGCUCACAUGAAAAGAAUCCAUAACAUGGAAGGAAAGGUGGAGCAGAAGGACGAUGCUGUCAUUGAGGAGAGAAUUGAGGACGUAUGCAACAUGAGCAUAGCGAUGACCAGAGAUAUAUUACGUGGACAUUACGACGAGAUAAUUCAUGGGAAGUACUCAAGUCCUUGCACGCCUCGCACCCAAAUCCCAAACAAGGAGCGGAACAAGCCGAACGAAAGUGCUCACUGCAGUUACUGA